UUGCAGUUGUCAUCACAAGGAGCAACACAUGAUGAGAUAGAUUUUGAAUUCUUGGGAAAUUUAAGUGGUGAUCCUUAUACUCUUCACACUAAUGUAUUUAGCCAAGGCAAAGGAAACAGAGAACAACAAUUUCAUCUCUGGUUUGAUCCUACUGCUGAUUUUCACACCUAUUCCAUCACUUGGAAUCCACAACGCAUCAUAUUCUAUGUGGAUGGAACACCGAUUAGAGAAUACAAGAACAGUGAAUCGAUGGGAGUUUCAUAUCCGAAGAACCAAGCAAUGAGGAUAUACUCAAGUCUUUGGAAUGCAGAUGAUUGGGCUACAAGAGGAGGACUUGUCAAGACUGAUUGGAGCCAAGCACCCUUUAGUGCUUCUUACAGAAACUUCAAUGCCAAUGCUUGUAUUUCCAAUUCUUCAUCUUCUUGCAAUUCCAAUACUACAACUUCAACAAGCAAUUCAUGGUUGAAUGAAGAGUUAGAUAACACAAGUCAAGAGAGGCUCAAAUGGGUGCAGAAGAAUUAUAUGGUUUAUAAUUACUGCACUGAUUCUAAACGAUUUCCACAAGGAUUUCCAGCAGAUUGUGUUCAGAACAGCUAAGCAUUUACAGUGAAAAAUAGUGUAUUCUUUUAUUUAUUGUACUGAUUCUUUUAUUGUUCUGCAUCAACCAGAAGAUGCAUUAAUAUUGAGGAUUAGAAACAUCUUAUUAUUGUAUUGACAAUGAAAUAGAUAUAUUCUUUUAUA